UUUUUGUUUGAUUGGUCAUUGAAUGAACUCUGUCAAACAAAAGUUUGGUUAGGCUUAGGCUAGUUUCUUAGGUGAAGCUGCUGAACUGUGAUGAUAUCGAGAUUUUCAUAGAAUAGCUAGUUUUUGAAUUGAAUUUUGUUUAGUUACAGUGCUGCAAGUGCAAGAAGGGGGGUUUUUACGUUUGGUUGCUUUUAAACUAAGUAAUUUGUCCACGGACUCUCUAUAUCUACUUUGCAUUUGGAUACUAACACUCAUUCACCAUGGCUAUGAUGCAAAAGAGAGCUAAUGUCCGCUUACCCCCUGAGGUGAAUAGAGUGUUAUAUAUACGUAACCUUCCCUACAAAAUAACUGCAGAAGAAAUGUAUGAUAUAUUUGGGAAGUAUGGUGCUAUUCGUCAAAUAAGAGUUGGGAACACUGCUGACACAAGAGGUACUGCGUUUGUCGUCUAUGAAGAUAUUUUUGAUGCAAAAAAUGCUUGUGAUCACCUGUCUGGCUUCAACGUUUGUAACAGAUAUCUUGUAGUGUUGUACUAUCAGGCUAACAAAGCAUUCAAGAGGGUAGAUGUCGACAAGAAGAAAGAGGAAUUAGAGAAAGUCAAGAGUAAAUACGGACUGGAUGAAAAAAAGUGAUGCUUGAUUUAAGUUUCUGUAUAUACAUAAGUGUUUUAAUGUACCUAUAAUUAAUUUUUAUAUGGUUUCCCUAAAGUAAAAUAAAGUAUUUGUCAUAAAAA